AUGGAUCAGAAGGAGCUGGCUGAGCGUCUGUGGAGCAGGGUUUCUUCUGGACGUUCUCAGCGUAAACUGAAGGUGGAUCUGCAGCAGAGGUUUGAGUGUGUGUUUGAGGGCAUCGCUAAAGCAGGAGCCCCCACCCUCCUGAAGCAGAUCUACACCGAGCUCUACAUCACAGAGGGAGGCUCUUCAGAGGUCAACCAGGAACAUGAGUGGUCAGCUCUGGCCUUCAUCUUACUGUCAUCAGAAGAAGAUCUGGACCAGUUUGAGCUGAGCAGAUACUGUGCUUCAGAGGAGGCUCUCCUGAGGCUGCUGCCAGUGGUCAAGGCCUCCACCAAAGCUCUACUGAGCCGCUGUGAGCUGUCAGACAGAAGCUGUGGAGCUCUGGCCUCAGUCCUCAGCUCCCAGUCCUCUAGUCUGAGAGUCCUGGACCUGAGUCACAACGACUUGAAGGACUCAGGGCUGAAGCUGUUGUCUGAUGGACUGAAGAGUCCUCACUGUAAACUGGAGACGCUCAGUCUGUCAGGUUGUUUGGUGUCAGAGGAAGGCUGUGCUUCUCUGGCCUCAGCUCUGAGGUCCAACCCCUCCCAUCUGAAAGAACUGGACCUGAGCUACAACCAUCCAGGAGACACAGGAGUAAAGCUGCUGUCUGCUCUGCUGGAGGACCCCCACUGCACCCUGCACACUCUCAGAUUGGAGCCUGCCGGACCUUGGUUUCUCAGUCCAGGACCCACGAGAUAUUUCUGUGAUCUCACUCUGGAUCCAAACACUGCUCACAGAAAACUAAGACUUUCCGACAACAACAAGGAGGUGGUGGGGAAGACAGAGUGGGACAUAGGAGUGGUGAGAGAGUCCAUGUCCACUCAGGGAAAGAUCAGUCUGAGUCCGAAGAGCGGUCAGUGGGUGCUGUGGCUGCGCGGGGGGGGGCAGUACCGGGCUCUGGCAGGACGUCCCGUGGAGCUCACCCCCUGCCCCCCCCCUCAGAGGGUGGGGGUGUUUGUGGACUACGAUGAGGCCCUGGUCUCCUUCUACGACGGGGACUCGGGCUCGUUGCUGCACUCCUUCACUGACUGCAGCUUCAGGGAGGGGCUCGUCCCGUUCUUCAGCCCCUGCAACAACGACCAGGGACGCAACGCCGCUCCCCUGGUCCUCACACCAGUCUGCGCUCCAGAGACCAGCAACGCCGAGACCAGCAGUGCCGAGACCGUGAAGACCGAGAGUGAGGAGAGACCCAUCCAGGACCCGGCCGACCAACACACUGCUUAG